AUGACCGCGCGCGGGCGCUCGCGAGGACGACGCGCGGCGUCGGGGACGACGGUGACGACGGGCGACCGCGAUGGACGCGCGCGAUCGAGGCGUCGGACGCGAACGGGACCGGGGAAGAAUUCGUCGAGACGGGAUGGGACGACGUCGACGGAGCGCGGAUGGACGUCGGGAUCGGAAGACGAGGGACGGGGACGGCCGGGUGGGACGUCGUCGCGAUAUGAGAGCCCGUUGGGGGGGGUGGGGGCGAGGUUGGGGGCGUACGUGGCGCACGCGUGGGACGCGCGCGUCGUCGAGCUGAGCGCGGAGAACGCGGCGCGAUGGCCGAUGUGUUUGGCGAUUGCGAUCGAUAAGACGUCGAGCGCGCGAGCGUGCGCGAUGAUCGCGAGUGCGUUCGCGCUGGUGUGGGUUUUGUCGUCGCUCAACGCGAGCGGAGAGGAUUCGGUCUUAGCGAGCGCGGCUUCGCGAGCGCUCAACCCGCUCAGCGUGUUCGUCUUGUGCGAGUUCAACGUCCUCGUCACCGCGUUCGUGGUGUUGUAUCCGGUGACGUACGCACAGGCAGUGAUCGACGAGCGCGAGGGGGUGGAGGAGAGCGACACUUUGAGAUCGUUGAAGCUUCCGGCCAUCUUCGCCGAAUUCGCAGUCGGGAGCAAGGUGGCGAUGUCGCGGUUGGGACGGAGCGUCGUGAGAGAUUUCGCGCUCUUCAUCGUCGUCUACCUCUCAGUCGCCGGACAUUGGUUGUCCCUGGACGACGACGGACCGAUCGGGGCGUCGAGCGUGCACGAGAUGGAGGGUGGCAUCUCCGUGCACUCUCUCUUGCAGUGA